AUGGCCUCUGACGAAGCGGGAAACUCAAUCACCAGGAAUACCAAUACUGACAAAGAAGAUUUGGUGUUGAUCAAUAUUAAAGAAUUUAUGAAGAGUGAAGAAUUGAAUCAUGAAGCUGUUUGUGUGUACCGUGUUCCCAAAUCUCUAAGUUCAGCAAAGUCAGAAGCCUUCACUCCUCAAUUCGUGGGCCUUGGCCCAUACCACCAUAGCCGUCCCGAGUUCUACAAAUUGAAGUUGUCCACAGCCAAGAGGAUGCUCAACGACUUCACCAACUACGCUGAGAAGAAGCUCAAGGAGUUGAAACUCGCCCCAACUAUUCGCGAUUGCUACGACGGUAACAUAGCCUUCAAAGAUGAUACCCUCUUGUACUUGAUGAUCGUUGAUGCUUUGUUCCUUUACCAGUUUCUUCACAAUCACAGUUUGGAAAGCAAAGAAGAAGGCGUUGACAUUACUUUGACACAACUCAACCGAAACAUUUCCAUCUUUACUGAAAAACAAGGGACGCCCUUGGUCAACGCUGCUGGAGUUGAAUUUACCAAGUAUGCUAUUGUCAGCGACGUUUUCAUGCUCGAGAACCAAAUUCCCACUUGUAUCCUUAAGAGCAUCAUGAAAGAUCUAAAUGUUGAUGAACAUCUGGGUACAGUGAUGCUUGAUUUCUGUACAAAAUUCUGUCCACUUCAUACCAACAAAUCCAAAGAUGUCAAUAAUGUUCAUUUGUUGGAUCUCAUGUACCAUUUGAUAGUACCACCCGAGCCUGAGCAUCCGCCCGAACCUAAGAAUGACCCUGACCCCGAGCCUCAAUCUAGGCCUGACUCACAAAAGACUCAAACUACAUGCUGGGACUUAUUCAGUUCAAUACCUGUAUAUCUAUUGCUCAUCUGCUUUGUCAUGAUAUGUGCUGUUUUGCUUAUUCUGGAACUCAUUUUUUGGGUGUUAAGUUUUUUAUUUGGUCUAUUACUAAAACUGGUAGGAUUCUGUUCCCCUGUAUUUGAUGAGUUACAUAAACUGCUAACCACUAGCAACUUCAAAGUCCUGAAACCCUAUGCAACAUUCGUAGAACAAACUAGGGGCACUUUUAAAUUUUUUCAGGAAUCGAAAAACAUUGAUGCUUCGCUAGCUGUCAUGAUCCCAUCUGCGAUGGAACUCGACAAAGCUGGGAUCCACUUACAUCCUACUAAUGGUGGCAUCUCAUCCAUUGAAUUCGAUGUCACAAAGUGCCAAUUUGAUUUGCCCAGUAUCAGAUUGGAUGUCAACUCAGAAGUCAUCAUCAGAAACCUGGUGGCCUAUGAGUCAUUAAUUAAAUCCAAAUACUUGAUCUUCACAAGGUACACGGAGUUAAUGAGUGCUAUUAUAAACACUUCCGAGGAUGUGAAGCUACUGGUACAUAAGAAAAUCAUUCAGACCGAGCUAAGUGAUGAAGUCGUGGCACAACUUUUCAAUGGGAUGAGCAAAUCAAUUCGGCCUACAAAGACUCCACAGUUGGAUGAAGAGAUUAAGAAAGUUAAAGAUAAGUUCGAUAGUACCCAGAAGCUAUACAGGGUCAUGACCAAGUACGGGGGUUCUUGUUGGAAAUUCUUCAUAGUUGUUGCAGCUCUUGUAUUUUUUGUUCUGUCGGUUGUGCAAACGAUUUGCUCCGUUAUCACUUGCAAUCGUACAUCAAGAUUUGGUAAUGUGCUUGAAUAUCGGGAUUAUGGUAGAAAUAAUAACUUCAGUUCUAUCUAA